AUGAAGGGCGGAGACCCAGUCUUGGAGCCGAGGGUGGUACAGGUGGAGGCCCAAGUGCCGUUGCUGCUUCCCCCGGCUCCAGAGACAACAGCGUCACAUUCACCGCCCCUGGUCGUUCCCGGCCGGCAGCGCCGCAUGCUGGCGCAACUCAAAUCCAGUCCAAGUAUGUCGCACAUAACUCGCCUGCGCGCCUCGAUCGCCAACAUCAUGAGCCUCCGCGGCGCCAUCAAGGCAUACUUCAAACACGAACUUUUACGGCAGUCCAAGGUCGACUCGGAUUUCCAAACGAUUGCGCUGGGAUGUCUGCGCAAAUCCCACCCGUUGCGACGACUGUGCAUCGUUGUUGUAUCGUGGGCCUGGUUUGACCGAUUCAUCACGCUGUGCGUCCUCCUCAAUACGCUCAUGCUCGGGUUUGUCGACUACACGGAUCCGUGGGCCGAAGGGCCAAACCCCACGAAGCCUGCAAACCGCAUCGUGGACGCCGUUAGCACGGUCAGCCUUGGUAUCUUUGUGUCGGAAGUGAUCCUGAAGAUCAUCGCGCAUGGACUCGUAUGGGGACCUCACAGCUACUUCUCGGACGGGUGGAAUCGCCUCGACUUUGUCAUUGUUCUGUCGGGAAUGUUAUCGUGGGUGCAUUUGGGCGGUAAAGUUGGGAGCAUUCGCGUCCUGCGUGUGCUGCGGCCGCUUCGCACGCUGCAUUCAUUGCCAGGUUUGCGUGUGCUCACGACAGCGCUUCUCGCGAGCUUGCCGGCCCUCGGCAACGUCGCGAUCUUGCUAUCGUUCAUCUAUCUUGUGUUUGCCAUCCUCGGGAUGGAGCUCUGGCGGGGGUUGUUCAACCACCGAUGCCGCCUCACACCGUUCCCCGUGCAGCUGCCGUUCAACGCGUCCAACGCACCCAACGCAACAGCAUAUCCCCCGGACGCUAGCUACAUCGCCGCCGUGGUCGCGAAUCCGAUCGCGUACGCGUGCAACUUGUCGUCCACGGGGACGUUGAUGCCGCUCAACGAGACAUGGGUCUCGCCGCUCGACUGCUUCUGGCCUGUCGACCCAUCCGAAGUCAACUCGGUGUUGUGCAGCCCGUACGUUGAAACGGGGCGGCAGUGUCGCCCAGGGCUCACAUGUGGAUCAAACUUCGACUCGUUUGGAAAUCCCCGCUUUGCCGACAUCGUUUUCAACGGGACGUUCGUUCUGUCACUGUCCCAGUACGACAUGCUUGACGGCAGACUCAACUACGGCUUCACAACGUUCGACAACGUGUGGAGCGCGUUUGUGGUGAUUUUGCAGACCGUGACCGCGUCGGGGUGGAUGGUGCUCACUCAAAUGACCCAGCAAGCCGGGGGGCAUGUCGGCGGCGCGCUCUACUUCAACGCGCUUCUGUUCAUCGGGAUGUGCUUCCUCCUGCAGCUCAACAUGGCCGUGCUGUACUCUGAAUUUGUGAAAGCAAAAGACGAACAGACUCUACAGACCAACGUGAAGCGGCGGCGAUCGGCCAUGUCCAACUUUAUCCAUGCCGCGACGAGGAAGCACCUUGAAAUGGUCAUGUCGUCGUAUUCGUCCCAGCUCAACGCCACCACGCGUCGCCGGAUCAAGCGCGUGCGGCGGUGGAUGCGGCAGCUCGCCCGGAUGCCACUUUUUCAACGGACAGGAAUCGUUGUGACAGUGCUAAACAUCGUCACCCUGGCGUCGGAUCACCAUCCGAUGGAGCCACGAUUCAGCGCGACGGCACAGAUGCUCAACUUUGCGUUCAUGUGCUUUUUUGCGGUCGAAGUCGGCAUCAAGAUGGUCGGCUUAGGACCGACUCUGUACUGGUCGGACUUGUUCAACCGGUUCGACUUGGUCACUGUGUUGUUGGGAAUCGCUGAGAUCUCGUUGAGCCCACCCGCAAUCUUGAAAGGCGCCAAGGGGGGGUCGUCCGCGAGCUUUAUCACGGCCCUUCGAGCGUCCAGGGCCAUCAAACUAACACGGGCGUGGAAGUCUCUGCACAAGUUGAUGCUGGCCAUCGGGGCCGCCAUGGGCGAGAUUCUCAACUUUAUGUUUUUCCUCGUCUUGUUUCUGUUUGUCGCGAGCUUGCUGGGCAUGGAGCUGUUUGCGACGAAAUUCCAGUUUGACGGGGCAAACAACCCCCUCCCAUUCAACACGACCAACCCGUCCGCGCGCCUGCACCGGUCCAACUUUGAUAGCAUCGAGUGGGCGUUCUUCACGGUGUUUCAAAUUGUCACGUACGACGAGUUUCCGUCAGUCAUGUACGACGGGUGGAUGGUGGCGGGGUGGAUCGCCCCGCUCUACAUUGCGUUCAUCAUCGUAAUCGGGACGUGGAUCGUCAUGAACAUGUUCUCGGCCAUUCUCGUUGAGAGCGUCCUCGUCGAUGCCGACGACAGUAUCACGUACGACAUUGACGACGCCGUCAGCAUGGACUACAGCGACGACGGCAGCGACGAUGACAGCGACAACUCGACGUCCGACCGCAGCAGCGGACGCCAUCUCGACAAGAACCCAACCGUGAAAGGUACAUCUAUUGCCAAGACGACGCGCCCCCUGUUCACCGGCCCUUCCCGCAUCCGCGCCCUCCGCCGCGCGUUUCGCCGGUAUAUCCACCACGCAUCGCAAUCGUCGUCGGCGCCGUCGGCAGCGACUCAACAGUCGAGCUCGACCACGUACCAUCCUCCCAUCGAGCGAAAAAGCCUUGGUCUGUUUGCCCCGAGCCACCCCCUCCGUCGAAUGUGCAUGUGGCUGCUCCAACGCCCCGAGUUCACAUGGGUCACGACCGUCGCGAUCGCCACGAGCUGCUUGUCCACUGCGAUGGACUCCCCCUUGUACGAUCACUCCCACGGCGUCGGGCUCGCGCUGGAGCUAGCGAACCGAGUGUUUGCCGUGUUCUUUUCGUUUGAAAUGGCCAUCAAUGUCGUCGCGCGAGGACUCCUCCACGGCCACGACGCGUACUUGCGAGAUCCGUGGAGUCUUCUCGACGGCUUCAUCGUUGUUGUGUCGAUCCUGCCAAUGUUCGUGGACGACGUCGACGGCUUGGCGGGGCUUCGUGCGCUGCGUCCAGCGCGCGCCCUCCGACCUCUCCGCGUCAUCAACAAGCUUCCCCAACUCAAAAUCGUCAUCAACGUGCUUGUCCGCUGCAUUCCAGACAUCGGCCGUGCCCUUCUCUUCUUUGCGUUCAUGCUCGUGAUGUUUGGCAUCAUGAGCGUGAUGCUGUUCAAAGGCGCGCUGUCGUCGUGCUCGCUGUCGCCGUACAACUAUGGCACGGCCGACGCGUCGAUCACGCCCCCGCCGUGGUUUCCGCCAGCGUACGCAGGACCGUACCGCAAAGCGGACCUCCGCAGCAUCGACAUCAUGACAUAUCCCCAAGCGUGGGACGCUUUGUCUCCGACGCACCAGGCCGUUCUUGCACCUGUUUGGAACAAGACAGGGUGCGGCCCAUUUCCCGACGAUGUUGCGCCGUCGUCCAAGGACAUGUGCCUGUGCUUUGCAUCGACGCACAACACGUCGUGGAUGCCGUUGGUCCCCCAGCGCUUUGACAACAUCUUCGAGUCGGUCGGGGCGCUGUACGAGCUGACCACGAUGGAAGGAUGGGCAUCCGUGGCGAUUGCCACGAUCGACGCUGUCGGGCCAGACAUGCAACCGAUCGCCAACAACCGGCCCGUCCUCAUGGUGUACUGGUGGAUCUUUAUGAUUACAUGUGCCUUCUUCACGACCAACUUGUUUAUCGGGGUCCUGUGCGAAAGCUUUGUCCGGGAAAACUACGGCGCCCUCGUCACGGACGAACAAGUCGCGUGGAUCAAGAUGCAGCGCCGAGUCAUGACGCUGUCGCCGCACGUGCUGCGGCCGGUGCCCCGCCAUCCGUGGCGAAAGUGGUGCUACCGCGUCGUGGGCCACCGCUACUUUGACACGAUCAUGACUGGCGCGACUUUGUUGAACACAGCCCUCAUGGCGAGCCAAACGUAUGGCCAAAGCGAGCGCGUGUGCCAGAUCCUCGCCAACGUGUACGUGGUCUUGUCCGGAGUGUUCGCCGUCGAAGCAGCCGUCAAGUUUAGUGCGUGGGGGGGGCACUACUUUGACAAUUGGUGGCACCGGAUGGACUUUUGCGUCGCUGUGCUCACAUGGCUCAGCAUCGCGGUCGCGACGCUUGGCCAUGUCGACAUGGGCGUCGCUGACAGCCUCGUUCGCGUCGCACGCGUGUCCCGGACGCUUCGGCUCAUUCGGCAAACCGAGUCGCUCAAAGUCCUGUUCGACACGCUGACAGUGUCGUUGCCGGCCGUGGCAAACGUGACGUCGCUGCUGCUCUUGUUCUACUACAUUUAUGCGGCCGUGGCCGUGCAGCUGUUUGCGACCGUCGCGCUCAACCACGACCAAGUGACCGAGUUUCAAAACUUUCAAACGUUUUGGGUCGCAUUCCAGACGCUGAUCGGGUUCUCGACGGGCGAGAACUGGGACACGUUCCUGUGGCAGGUCUACAUGACCGCGCCAUCGACAAACCCCCAGUGCGAAUCGCGCGAGUUCGACCCGACCAUGUGCGGGUUCCACACGCACGACGGCUGCCGUCCCCUCGACGGAUGCGGCUCGUGGGCGAUCAUCCCGUUCAUGUACUCGUUCUUCCUCAUGCUCGGGUACAUUGGGAUCAACUUGUUUUCGGGCAUCGUGGUCGACGCGAUCGGGGACUCGAUCGAGUCGUGCCCCGUGAACGGCCACUCGCUGGCCGAAUUCGCCGACCUCUGGGCGACGUACGACCCGACAGCGUCCGGGCUCAUGACGGUGGACGAGUUUACCGACUUCUUGAUGGAGCUGUCGCCACCAUUUGGGUUUCAUGGCGUCGAUGGGAUGACGAGGAAGCGCGUGGUUGUAGUCAUCGGCGAGCUCAACAUUCCGCUGUACGACGAACAGUUGGUGCAUUUCAAAGACGUUCCACGGGCCCUCGUCCAGCGCAUCAUGGGAGAGGGGAAGCGUGAAAAGGUGAUCGAGAUCGGCCGCGUCCUGGACGAUCUGGGUGUAAACAAGCAACUGGACGACUUGUGGACCAAGCAGCGCGGCGCGAAGGACAAAGUGGACGUGCGGUCCAGAGCGUGGAGUCCGUCGGCUGUGUUUGCCGCCAAGUAUGUGUUGGCGCGGUUUGUCCGAAACAAGCGCGCGAGAAUCGCCCGCGAGGCGCACGCGCAAAAGGUGGUCGCCACAGACGCCGAGGAACGUGAAACAGCGUGUCCGGUGCCAAGUGCACCACAUGAGCCAGCGGGGACGCCAGACCGGUCGGGCGAUGCUGUCGUACCGUCUUCCAGCAGUCGACCGUCGUCGUUGCUUCGGAUGUGGCCGAGCAAGCCAAGCCAUAGCGACAACGGAUCCAAACUACGUUUGGAACCACUUAAGCAUACGAGUGGACGGUCCAAGGCGCACCUUGUCGUCCCAGUCACGGACGAUACGGGGCCAAGAUAGUGAAGAUCUCGCUUCUUCAAGUUGUCCACUGCAUGUGUGCUGAUCAACGGCAUGUGCACAAGUGUGCUGGCCAUCCCCGAAGAGCUACAUGAACUUUAUUGUUCCAGAUCCAAAUCGUCCUAAAGUGUAAAUUGGCUCGUGCAGUCUAGAUCGCACCAGCGCAUCGGCAAUUCACGAGUUGCAACGUUCCGUC